AUUAUAAAAUAUACUUUAGGUAUUAGUUCAUCAAUUCAUAGAUUUAUAAAAUAUACUAUAAAUUUCCUUGUAAUGUUGAACUUGAUCACCCUUUGCUUUCAGAUCUCCCCUAACUGUAGCUAAUCCAAUAUUUAGGCAGUACUUUAAAACUGUCAGGUCCAACGGUCUUCUCUUUUCUUUUGCGAAGCUCAUUACCACAUUGUUUAGUACUAGAAGUUUUGUCCCAGCCGUAGCUAAAUCAUGGAGUGAUUUUCCUAAUAAUACAGCUGAACUUUGAAACUCCAGAAGUCAAAACUUGAUGCUAAAGCUCUUCUGCUGAGUUGGCUCACAUGAAUUACUCAUCAUAGAUUACUAGUUUUAUUCUUUGUAUAUUUCAUGUAUAGUUCAAUUUCUCAACUUAUUUAUUGUGAGGAUGAAUGGUAAAACUGCAUUCGAGAUUCAUUAACUGAUUGGGAAGAGUUGAUAUUUAAUAUGAAUCUAAUUUCAGUUUUUUUUUUACCAAGAUUCACGUGUAAAUAAUUACUAGAUGACUAAUUGUUCAUCCAACAACAGAGAAACAGUUUCCUCUCUCUCUCUCUCUCUCUCUCUCUCUCUACAGAUAUUCAGAGAAUUUGGAUACGUUGUUGUCUUUAGCACGUCUACAGUCCUGUACCUGAUAGGACUGCAGUAUUUAUUAUUUAUGAAGGAAACGCUUCCUCUCGAAAAAAGGGAAAAUGAUAUGUCGGUGGGGUUGCAAAUGAGGGAUGUAUACAGAAUCCCCAAGGAUCUUGUACAAACUGCUCUUGGAAAAGAUUGGUCUCGGUGCAUCUUUGCAGUACUUUUGCUAUUCACUUUCUUCGUUGCAUCCAUGUGCUUACAUCCUCCGUACUACUUGUUCUCAAGGCUUAUGUUUGACUGGGAUGCCACACAAUACUCCUACUGGGCGUCAUACAGAGAUUUUGUUGCUGGUGCAGCCAUGAUCAUACUCAUCCCAGUUCUUGUCAACCGUUUAAAGUUACGAGAUGUUGCCAUAGGGAUAACAGGUGGUGGAUCAGCAGUGUUCAUGUUUGUUCUCCUCGGCCAGAUUCGCAGCUCUGACAUGUUGUGGCUUAUGAUAAUAGCUCCCUUAAUUGGACUAUGGAAGCCUGGUGUUUAUGUUGCCCUUCGAGCCAUUUGGUCAAAAAUGGCAACUAGGCCACAAGAAUUAGGUAAACUUUUUGCUGCUCAGACAAUAAUUGGAGUGGCAGGUGAAGCAGUUUCUGGUCCCAUAUUCUCAGCGUUCUACAGUAUUACCCUGUACUCAUUUCAGGGAGCAUCUUUUCUUCUCUGUGCAAUCUUCUUCACUUUGGUAGUAUUUGGAAUUAGUUUCCUGAUCGUGUGUGGAAGAUAAUUUGCUGCGGCGACAGGUGGUAAAGUUGUUCCGGUUAGGAAGCUGAUUGACUGGCAAAGGAUGUUGAAGACACAGGCUGAGGUUUGAAGGAUGUCGAAGACAGGCUGAGGUGUGAAGGAUGUCGAAGGAACAGCAGGAUGAGGCACGAAGUUCUGGGUGAUGACAUUUCUGGGUCCAUUUCCACAAUCGUAUGUAGGAACAGGAUGAGUAAUACCUUCAAUUUUCUCUCCUUCGAUGCCUUCUGUAGUCUCUGAACAAGAAACCCGAUUUCCGUCUGAAGGUAAUUAUAGAAAAAUGGGGUCAAUCUCAGCACAAUCCUUCACAACCUUCAGUUGGAGAUUCCAGUAGGCCUCUCUGCGAUUUGGAUUCACCUGGCCAAUGGGAACCGGCCUGGCUGUUUCAGCAUGUGCAAUCACCUAAACAAAAAUAUAUUGGUCAUCACACAAAAGUAAUAAAUAUUUCAUUGGAAAAAUAAAACUCAGGAAAAAUUUUUUUUAAAAAAUGUGAGAUGGUUCUUAUUAGUAAUACAGUAUGGGGAAACAUUUAAAAAAGUUGUUACAACCAAAUUCUUGUGUUCAAAAUUAUAAUUGUUAGAAUAAUGUCAAUAUUGUAUUUUUUUAUUUUUAAUUAAAAAAAUGGAAAAUAAUGAAAUUUUAACCUUGUGAAGGGCACCGUCUUUGCUCUGUUGAUUAUGAUAUUUAAUUAUCAGGGGAAAAACACAACAUACAAACCAAUACAGGGAUGAACAAUUAUCUGUUUUAAUCCUAGCGUCUUGGGUUUUUCCUGACAGACGAUGUAUUUUCAGAGGAAUGGGUGCUCCUGCAGCCAUUCCCCCAACAUCCUCCCCUGGGAGCCUGAUAGGAUGACACAAGGAGUUUUCUUCCCACGAAGCUCCACAGAUCCUUCGUUGACCCUCUCAUCAUCCAUGGUCGACUCCUCCUCGUCGCCAAGUGUAUCCAUCUUGGAGUAGAAGUCUACGACAUGUUCCUCCUCGAUGUUAGUCGGGACCAAUGACGCUGACUGAGAUGAAUCUUUGCUAAAAUGCUUAAGGAACCAAUGGAGGUCAUCUGAACCAUGAGUGUCGGUGGCUGCUGCAGAUGUAUGUACUUGGCUCUGCUGGGUCCUUGUAUGUACUAUGCCACAACUUUCACAACAUUUUGUGACAUCAUUGAUGAUCCAACAAAGGGCACAGUGAGGAAAGCAGCUGAGGUCACAAGAGGUCAAGGUAGAAUGUUGACCUAAUGGCUGGGAUGCUGCCUUUUAUAGCUGGGGAUGCAAGUGUCACAAUGUGACUACAGCGCACCCAUACUGUAUGAGUUGAGGGGUUACCAAGUACAUUGCAUAUCCAGACACAGUACAUCAAGAUUGCUGCUUACGUCUGUCGUAAUCACAUUACGUCCGUCGAGAGGGCAUAAUGACUUUCGUACGUCAGCAUGACAUGGCGACUUUUGACAAUUGUCGUGGUUAGACCACGAAAACUACAUGCAGCAGCUUGUUGCCAUCAUUUGACGGGUGUUGUCAAACUCAAUGACUAUGUGACUGCGCAUGGAGACUUGAGCGUGUGUAAUAAUGUCGUAAUUCAGCCAUUACACAUGCAGUCUUGAAUCUCUGAUGUGUGAUUCGUCCUAUACAGUUAAUUUUGGCAACAACUUUUUUCUUUAAUUUACUAAUCUGUACUGGCCAUUUUACUAACAUUAUUCAAUACGUAUUACUAUUUACUAACUCAUAUUUUAUUGUAUUUUUUUUUAUUUUACUUUAUUUUAUUUUAUUCAACAUAAAUUGAGAGGUACUUAAUUCAUUUUUCUUUAGAAUUUUAUGAGAUUUUCUUUUGAGUUUGAUUUUUUUUAAGGGAUAUUUCCUCCACAACUCUGUCGUGUUUAGAGGUGUUGUUAGGAGUUAUGUUUAUUGUUUUUAAGAAUUAGCAAUUAACCUUAACUGAACUGCCAUUGAUUAUUCAAUCCCCCAGACACAUCAGCUGUAGUCAUUCAUAGAAUACACGCGAAUAUCUACAUAAUCAAAUUUUUGGGAAGGAAGGGAGAACAUGAUGCAUGUAACUUAUAAAAUUGGAUUGAAGUCACUGACAAAUUAAAUGAAACCAUAAGUUACCUUAACCUGUCAACAGUAGAUAUAAGGUGUUACAUUUUUUCUGAAGCCUGUAGAAGAAUUAAGAAUUGGGAAUAAUUGAAGCAAUAUUUGAGGAAAAUACAUACUAUACAUAUUGUACCGUACAUGAAGCUAAUCCUGCUAUCAACCUUGCAAAGAUAGUUUAAAUGAAGGCUGGAGAGUAGACAAAAGAAACUACUUCAGAAUGUGGUAACUAUUCAAAUGAAUGAGAUCAUUUAGUUUCAACCACAUAAUCACAUAAUCAUCAGACCUAUCUGUGUAGAUUUAAGACACCAACUAGGUAUCAGAACAUGGACCUAGGUAACUCAUGCUCACAUCAUAAGAGAACAGGGCACAGUGAUCAAGAUUGCAGGAGCAAGCCUAGAUAUAGAUCUGUCAUGAGGUAGAUUAUUGUAGUCAGGUUCCAGGCUAGCAUACCUAAUCCUCCUAACAGGAAUCAAAAUACUAACCAAGCUGCAAGUGUAAUUUACCAACCAGAUUAAGCAAUAUUAGAUGACUCAACAGUAAAUUUUUACACCACCAUUAUCAUGGACAUUCAUCCAUAACAGAGGAAAAGACCAAACAUCAAACUGAAGCCAAGUCACGAUUGUCAUUAAAGUUAACAUAGAAGAUGAAUCUGGUUAUAGUAUUCUUUGAUGCAGGUAGGCUCAAAAUCAUAAUCUCGAAAAGGUAUAUCAGGCAUAUUUUUCUCAGAUUUGAACUCAGUAGUAGACUGUAGAAUCAGAUGUUCACAGUAAUGGAAUCAGAAUAUAGUAGGAGAGUGAAAGGAUGUCACUCAUAGAGAAAGUUUGCACAUUUGUUAAUUGUUUAUACAACUAAGGCUAAAAAAAGGAUCACUAUUGAUAUACCUUGAGAGCAAUUAGUGAUUAAAAGGGGUCAUAAGACUUUAAGAAUAUACAUCUAUAUAAAAUAAUUAGAAGAAACUAGACUCAAUAAAACUCUGCUGAAAAAUAUUCUAAAGAAAGAUAAUACAGAGAAAAGGUAUAGAGUAAGUAGUAUGGGUUCUCAACAAAUUAGUGACAACUGAGAAUCUAGCCAAGAUAUCUUACUUGAAAUUAGAUAGAGAUUUAAGACUUACACUGAGAGAAAGUACUUGGAUAGAAUGUACAGUACAUCCAGUUUUUAGGGGAAGGAAAUUCUUACACUUAUAGAAGGAUCACAAGUAAAUGGAAUACAUAACUGUUACAGGUUUAAAUAGCUUUACAGGUUAUAAAUAACAGAGAACAUCUUAGAAGGAUACCAUUGUCUGGGUAGUGUUGGGCAUAGUUCCUGUGGUACCACCUUUGUGAAUUUCCCAAGCUCUUUUUUUGUGGUCAGUUUGUUAUUUGCUGAGACACCUUGAAGGGCAGAGGUUGUACUCCAUUUUCUGAGGCAUAACAACCCAGGAACUUGGAGGAAGAGGCCCUGAUGACACACUAAUCAAGACAGGUGACUACCAUUGCCUUGCAGAAAGGGUAGUACAGCCCGAUUUGUUUUUGGCUGUCGUCUUUCAGUGCAAGUAGUAUGGACCAGAAGACAUCCGUGUCCACCAGGAACCUCUGGAAGCAUGGUCAGCAAUGUAGAAACUGAAGAAAUUGACAUUUUUUGGUGCUGUGACCAUCUUGGUCGUUGUCCUCGUCAUUCCUGGCAUCACGUGUCAUUGCUGGUAGGUUGCAUAGCCUUAAAGGUCUCUAGCAAUCUGUCCGCCUAUCUAAGCAAGUCUUCCAUGGGUGUGCCCAUGACUUUGGGAAAGGGAGCUUUGAUGUUUGUUGGCAGAUGGUCAGCCAAACCUCUCAGAAUAAGAAGGAACUCAAGAUCAUCCUGGGAUGCCUUAUCUACUACAUCCUCAAGUAUAGUGCUUAAUAGAUCAAGGGCUAUGCUGGCACAGGUGGGUGGUGGCAAGGAGAAUUCUGUUAACAAGAAAUGUGGAAGUCUUCAUCAGUGAUCCUCACAACCACACGAUUCUGGAGAAGAGGGUGUUUGGGAUCACCUUGAGGACAUAAUCUGUCUUUUUAGCAGUGGAACUCUAUCUCCAGUCUUCAGAACCAGACUGAUGGUUUAAUCAUUGAGAAGUAGGGAACAAGAUAUAUAUAUACUGUUUUUAUGUAAGGACCUUUACUAGACUCAGAGAUCUGGAUAAACUAAUCCUUUAUAAUAGUAAUAAUUGUUUGAAACUUUGACAUCUAUGGUAUGCUUUGAACUUUACUAGAUUGUUUCUCCAGGAGUAGAUUUGGCCAUAUUUAGUCACUGGUUUUGAUAUGAGAACAGAGUUUAUCUUCUGUGCAAUUGAGGCAAUUUUCUAACACUUGUGAGACAGGUAGACAGAGCUGUAGUGCCAUAGUUACACUGUUAGUGGGUUUGUACUGGUAGGCGUGGCUAAAUUUGGUCUGUUAGUCAUCAGAGGUUUGGUAUGAGAAUUAUGCUGUCUGGCUUGUAGAGGACAGUAGGAGCCUUCAAGAGAAAGCAAACCAGAGCCAAGCACUGUAAUUAGUCUGUUAGUGGCUGGUUGCUGUUAGGUAAGGCAUUACUGGGAACCAUGCUGGUCCAACAGGAGGCUCAAAGUAGUCAUCAGUGUAGAGGUUGAUUCAUACAACAGGAUGCUUAUAGUGCACUUAUUUAUUGUUGAGAUUUGAUCCACUUUUGAUACAAUAUAUGCAGACAGAAACGUUGUUACAAUGGUAGGCCCGGUGUUGACCCAGGCCAAGUGACAGAUGAUGUGGGUGACGCACAAGAACGUGACUGUAAGAGAGCUCUGUGAUUAGCUGCCAAACUUUGUAGUGAAACCUGGGCUUGGCAAGAAAACUUAGAGAUUACAAUAUAUCAUCUAAUUUAUUAUCUGUACCUACCAAGGGAUUUGGCCAAAAUUUGGAAUGUGUAUUAUUUCUAUGUGAUAAAAUAACUAGUGCUUCAACUGCAAGGCUGAAAUUAUUUCCAGUUAAAUAGAAUCAUUAAAAUUAAAAUACAAUAUCAAUAAGAAACUUAUCAAGUUUAGGGUUGUAAUGAAAAAUGAAUACUACAUCAUUUCAGGUUCUGUGAGGUGUUCAUCCAGAGAUCGGAGAUGAAAACAACUCACUGGAUAUCUACUUAAAAAACAAAAUACUAUGACUUUUUAUAGCUUUUGAUUACUAAGGUAGGCAAAGUUAAGCAAGUAUCCACAUUCUUUUAGACUUUGACCAUAAUUGUUCAGCAACCUUCUAAAACACAUAAUAUUGUUAAUCUUAAAUUUCAGUUUAUAAAAGAAAGAAAGAACCAAGUUCUGAUUUGCAACUUCAAGGUUCAUUCCUUUGUAACUAUAACUCUUAAAUGUUUGAUAGCUUGUACUAUGUCAUAUCCUGGUGACAACAAGGUUUGCUAGUGAUGUUUGAAGUAACAAUUUUAGUUUUUGUCAUAGCAUCCCUAGUUUUGUAUUUUUCGUUCAUGUGCUUAUUGCUAAGUUUCAUCUGUGAGAAAUUAUAAUGUAUAAUGGGGAACAACUGUUAUUAAUAUGUAUAUACUUUAACAAUAUAACAGUCAUGAUUCUUA